CAGAUACAAUAGAAAUAAAUAAAAACAUUUUCAAACGAUUCUUCAGAGCUAGCUCAAAAUUUUCAACAUUCGAUCGCUUCUAACGUUGGAUCGAUGGCUCUGUCCAAUGUGCUUAUAUUGAGUCAAGUUGCAGGCCAUGUAUUUGCAUUGAUUCUUUCGUUGUGCGUUUUUAUACCGCUGUCUGUUCAUGUGCAUUCCUUCAACGGUCACUGUCUGUUGUUUUCUAAUGGAACCUGGCAAGAAACAGACGGUCUUUUCGACGUAAAAUGGGCUUCGGAAGGCUAUUGUACCUAUCCCAUACUAGUUGGUGUGACACUUUUUCUCAUAUCCGGACUUCAAAUUUAUCGAUUGGCUAUUCUAGUUUACAGAGAACUGGAAAGUUCUUUCCUAGCACUUUUUUUCGAUGUAGUUUUCAGUAUUAGUCUUUGCCUAAUGACAAUUAUUGCUGCGAUUAUUAUCACUCUUGGAUUCAUGACAUGGUGCAGUGAUAUGACUGAACGUUUUCCAUCAUGCGACACUGCUGAUGGGCAAAAUAUCACCAACACCGAGCUGAAUGUGCGGACAUCCGGAUUCUACAUUGAAAUGGGAACAGCUCAGUUUGGUGCAUGGGCUUCAUUUGCCACUUGGGUCGGACUUUCUGUGUUUGCUCUAUUGAAACUUAUCAACAACCAUCAAUUGCGUAACAUGAAGGUAUCCAUGUAUAUCGAACGUCAGCGAUUAGUGAAUGAAGAUGUGUACAGGGGAACCACUUCAGAGCUACCGGCUGGAUCCGGUUCAAUCGCCGGAUUCACAAGCGAUAAUCAACUGGAUUAACUCUAAUAAGUUUAUUUAACAAAUGAAUUGCAAAUUCGAAUACUGAUAAGUAUGGUAAGCAGAAUGAAAUUUUUUUACUGGAGUGAUGCUUGAGAAACGUUAAGAUAUACUCAAGUAUGCCCGAAUAAUUAUCCGUAAUAAAAAAGUUCUGGGAGUCCUGAAAAUUAAGUUUAAUUUACUCGCUUGGUGAGAUUGAUAAACAUUCAUGUAACGUUAGGACAUGUGUUUCGUUCAUUUUACUUCAUUUGCGGAAGCUUUCUAUCAACAAUUAGAGAGUCACCUUGAUAAAAUAUGUUAUUAAUAUGUUUCAAAAAAUAAAAUGUUAUUUAUAUGCCAAAUAUACUUCGUACUUUUAACAAA